AUGCAGUGCACAACGAUGAAGUCCUUCGAUUCAGGAUGCGAACUCGAUGGACCGAUAACACAAGCACUCAUUGUUACUAUAGAGGAUAACUGUAGUGCGAUCUAUGGCAAUUUCACUCUUUCGGGAAACGAUGUACCCAGUCACUAUAUUCUUCAGCAGAAAUUCGGUACGGCCACUGCUAUACAUGGCGAAGUAGCGGUGAUAGGCACAGACUUCACUGACUUGAGCUUCCUCGGCAACUUAACAAAGAUAUAUGUUGAUUACGAUCUGAAAGCGGAUGUUUUUGUGGAAAAAUUCCUCCGAAUCGAGGACAAUGACAAGCUGGAACGACUGGGUUGGGAUGCACUCCAGAUAUUUGUUGUGAAGUGA